UUAAGAACCAAUAAAAAAAAAAAAGUUUAGAGUGCCGUUAGAAAAGUAGAAAAACAAGGCAAGAUUUUCCCGGGCACCGGGCAGAGAGAGAGAGAGGAUUACCGUACACAAACAAUUCUGUGCUCUCACUCCUAAGACAAGCAGGCACGCCCACACACUGCCAAACUCCCUGCACGCCCACGCACGCCCACAGGCAGCAGACAAGCAGUAAGGAGAGGCUGAGAGAGAGACAGAAAGAGAGGAAGGACCGCGCACUUUGCUGUGCUCCCAGCCCAAGGCAAGCAGGCACGUGCCCACACACUGCCACACUCCCUGCACGCCCACGCACGCCCACAGGCAGCAGACGAGCCGCAAGGUGCCAGGGCGUUAUCCAGUGAAAGGACUCCCUCCGUGCAUCCCUCCUGCAGCCCCAGGCUUCCUGCAGGACCGGACGCAGCCAAGAGCAGCGUUGCAAUGGAGGGUGCAAGGCCAGGAAACAGCAGCAGCAGCAGCAGCAGCAGCAGCAGCAGCAGCAGGAACAGGCUGGAGCAGCGGGCGACCCAGGGCGUGAGGACCUACACUUGUGACCACUGCGGCAAAGUGUGCUCCACCAAGGCUGCCAUUGCCAGACACGUCCUCUCCCAUGCCAGCAAGACAAGGCUGAGAGGCAGGAGUGGCCCCGCUGAACACACUGCCACCCACACUGGUGGCAGGAACCACAAGUGUGACCUCUGCGGCAAGACAUUUGUCCGGAAGAGUCAUCUUGCCUCACACAUCCUCACCCACACUGGGGAGAGAAAGUUCCAGUGCCUGGAGUGUAGCAAAAGAUUUACCCGCAAAAGUAAUCUUAACGCACACAUCCUCACCCACAUUGGGGAGAGAAAGUUCCAGUGCCUGGAGUGUGGGAAAAGAUUUAUCCAGAAAGGUGAUCUUAACGCACACAUCCUCACCCACACUGGGGAGAGAAAGUUCCAGUGCCUGGAGUGUGGGAAAAGAUUUGCCCAGAAAAGUAAUCUUAACACACACAUCCUCACCCACACUGGGGAAAGAAAGUUCCAGUGCCUGGAGUGUGGGAAAAGAUUUACCCGGAAGGGUUCUCUUGACAGACACAUCCUCACCCACACUGGGGAGAGAAAUUUCCAGUGCCUGGAGUGUGGGAAAAGAUUUACCCAGAAGGGUUUCCUUGACACACACAUCCUCACCCACACUGGGGAGAGAAAGUUCCAGUGCCUGGAGUGUGGGAAAAGAUUUACCCAGAAGGGUUCCCUUGACAGACACAUCCUCACCCACACUGGGGAGAGAAAGUUCCAGUGCCUGGAGUGUGGGAAAAGAUUUAUCCAGAAAGGUGAUCUUAACAAACACAUCCUCACCCACACUGGGGAGAGAAAGUUCCAGUGCCUGGAGUGUGGGAAAAGAUUUACCCACAAAAGUCAUCUUAACACACACAUCCUCACCCACACUGGGGAGAGAAAGUUCCAGUGCCUGGAGUGUGGGAAAAGAUUUACCCAGAAGGGUUCUCUUGACAGACACAUCCUCACCCACAUUGGGGAGAGAAAGUUCCAGUGCCUGGAGUGUGGGAAAAGGUUUACCCACAAGGGUUCCCUUGACAGACACAUCCUCACCCACUCUGGAAAGAAGAAGAGAAAACAGCCAAAAUCAUAGAUGUUGCAGUCCCCGGUGACUCCGGCCUCAGUAGAGCUGAAAGACACGCCCCCACACUGCCACACUCCCUGCACGCCCACGCACGCCCACAGGCAGCAGACGAGCAGUAAGGAGAGGCUGAGAGAGAGAGAGAGAGAGAGAAAGAGAGGAAGGACCGCGCACUUUGCUGUGCUCCCAGCCCAAGGCAAGCAGGCACGUGCCCACACACUGCCACACUCCCUGCACGCCCACGCACGCCCACAGGCAGCAGACGAGCCGCAAGUUCCAGGCCCUGCCACCACCACCGCCACCACCACCACCAGCAGCAGCAGCAGCAGCACAGCCACAGGAGGGGGAGGAGAAGGCCCUGCUGGCACCCAACCCCCCACCAUCCCAGGACACUCUUCCUACUGUGGAGAGAUCAGAUUG